AUGGCGGAAGUGAAAUUUGUUGCCCUCCCAACCAAGCCCUCGGCGAAGCUGAGCUACACAUUUGAAGCGCCCGGGGCCACCUCAAAUCCCGCGCUCGUCGUCUUUCUAAAUGGUAUCGGCCUGCCGCAGGACCCCUGGCACUCUGUCAUUUCCCAGUUGAAAGAUCUCCGCAAUGACCAAGGUCGCAGCCUCCCAGCCUUUUUGACCUAUGAUCGCUUCGGUCAAGGGCAAACCACAGACCGUGAUCCCGAUGACGCAGGCGCGGAUGAUCCAUCUCACGGUCACGACUGUCUAGCUGCAGUUGAGGAUCUCCGUCAACUGCUGGUUUGGAUUAUACAAGAGAAUAUGGGCGUUUCCGACGUGAACUCAGUCAACCUUAUCCUAGUUGCCAACUCUGUCGGCUGUGCUUUGGCUCGUUUGUAUAGCCAGGAAUACCCUAACACCGUUGCCGCCCUACUCCUCCUUGAUAGCGUGCUUGCAAACUCAGACUUCGUCUCGAUUUUCCCCGACCCAGAUGCACCCGACUUUGAUCCCGCUCAACUGCAAGGUCUUCCAGCCGAAAUGAUCCGCGCAGUCCGAGCUGGCGUCCGUCGCGUGUUCCACCCGGACGUUGGGAACAAAGAGGGUCUCAGUCGGCGGAACUUGGCUAAAUUGCUGCCGGAAAGUGAUGGACCUCUGCUUAAGGGUCCUGCGGGUCACGGCCCUUUCGUUACUGUUGUUGGCCACGACUUCGACACAUUUGCCGAGGAGUCGACCCAACUGGGGGUCCCUAAGCCGGUGACAAAUACUUUUGUCAAUCCCUUCUGGCAUCGAUAUAAUGAAGCAUUGGUGAACAUUACAGAGGCAGAAUACAGGAAGGGCCCGAUCUUGGCACCUAAUGGGAGUCAUUUUGUACAGAGAGAUAGCCCCUCGUUUGUGGCGCAAGAGCUCGACGAAUUAUUGGAAAAGGUACUAUAG